AUUGGAACUGUUGUCAUCGGAGGAAAAUGGCAGAAGGGGGAGUGAAGACUGUCCUGUGCCGGUACUUCAUGAAUGGCGUGUGUCGGGAGGGCGAUCGCUGCCACUUCUCCCACAACAGAGACUCCUCCCGCCCCUCCAUGAUAUGCCGAUACUACCUGAGGGGGAACUGCUACUAUGGGAGGAGCUGCAGGUAUGAUCACACGUGGCCAGGACAACAGCAGAGCGGGUCCGAGGUGAGCCAGGCGGAGAGCCCCCCCAGCACCCAGCAGCAGCAGCACCCACAGAGGGAGGCCGCCCAGCGCAGCGGUGACACACGACAUAAGGACGGCGGCCUCACACUGCUGCCGCCACACACACACUCUAGUCAGCCAAGCCUUCUCUCACAAAGUAAACAAGGCAAGGACUUAAUCAGCACAUCCCAAAGCAGCCCUGCCACUACCAGCCACAGCAGCAACAGCAGUAGUCUCAGGAAGAAGAGCAGCAACAGCAGCAGCUUCAGCCACAGCAUCAGCAGUGCACUCAGCCCCCCCAGCAGCAGCAGCAAUCAAGACAGCAGCCGUGUGCCCUCCUGGGUGGACGCGCCGGAAUUCAUACCUAAACUUGCCAAAGAUGAUGUUACAAAUGCCAUCGAGGGUGUCCACAACCUGUCCUUGGCCCCGGCAGACUAUGAAGUGUCCUACGCACAGGUGGCCGGGGCGGGCAACAAGGACACAGUCACCCCAUCCAGCGGCACCUCUGACGGGGAGCUGUGCCCCACCUACCUGAUGUCUGGCAAGUGCCAGCUGGGGGAGCAGUGUUCCUACAUCCACGGCCUCAUGUGUGAGGUGUGCCAGCUGGCCUGCCUGCACCCCUUCGACAAGGAGCAGCGCAGGAUACACAAGGAGGAGUGCACCAAGCUGAUGGAGGCGGAGAUGGAGCACUCCUUCGCCGUGGCUCGCUCCCGGGACAAGGUGUGCGGCAUCUGCAUGGACACGGUGAUGGAGCGGCCCCUCGCCUCGCAGCGCCGGUUCGGGAUCCUGCCCAACUGUGCCCACUGCUUCUGCCUCAACUGUAUACGCAAGUGGCGCCAGUCCAAGCAGUUUGAGAACAAGAUCAUCAGGUCCUGUCCCGAGUGCCGGACACAGAGCGACUUUGUGAUCCCCUCGCGCUACUGGGUGGACGACAAGGACAAGGAGGAGAAGGACAAGCUACUCCUCAGCUACCAAGAGGCCUUGAGCGACAAGCCGUGUAAGUACUUCAAGCAGGGUGAGGGCCAGUGUCCGUUCGGCAACAAGUGUUUCUACCUUCACGCGCUCCCGGACGGCACCAAGAAGGACGUGGGGCCGCCCAGACGUCGCCGACGCUUCAAUGCAGACGGCGAGCUGCAGCUGUACCUCGACAACAUGGUGCUGUGGGACUUCAUUGAGGAGCGAGAGCAUCGUCUGGAGCUGCUGCGGGGCUCCAUCCAGACCCUGUUGCUGGAGCUGGAGCUUGAGGACCUGGCGGAUGAGUUCUACUUCGCCGACGACUCCGUCUCGGAGGCGUCUGACCUGUAGUAGUCCUCUGUCAUGCUUCCCUGCCUCACCCUGCCUCACCCUGACCUGACCUUCCUUGCCUUGCCCUGCUCCACCCUCUCAGCCUGCCAGAGAGUGGAGAGAUGAGAGUCACAGUGGAGUGGAAUAAGUGGACCUUGUGGAGUUGUCAUGUUCUUGAUCUCCAGCUUAUUUUAUUAUGGGUGAAAUGGCCCUGUUUUUAUGAUUUCCGUUGGUGUGUUGCAGGGCCAGGAUGUGGGCGGCAAGGAGGCAGGGAAGGAGCUUAGCGUGGAGGCAGCGGUCGUCCUGAUCUCCUAUGUUUUUAAUAGUCUCCCGUGGAGCUUUAGUUUCAUACGUACAUUUUCUUCUUCAUCCAUUCAGCUGACUCUUCAUCAAACUUAAAAUAACGUAAUUGUUUUUUCACACCCAGACUUAUUUUCUUUUCCAUGGAGCCAGCUACUUACGGUACUUCCUUUCCUCUGUUGUGUGGUAUUUAUACAUCAAUUUAUUUUUUAUUUAUUUAUUUUUUUGGCCGUUGAAGUCACGGCAACAUAUGUAGGGUCAAAUCCACUCCAGCAGGGAAGAGCAGGAGUAGCAGGAGUAUGUGUGUUGUAGGAGCCCCGGGCAGGGUGAGGGAAGCAGGCCCCUCCCCUGACCCAUCCACUCCCCGGCCUGCUGCUCCACGCCCCCCUAGACCCCCCGUGUGGGCUGUGUGUGGGGUGAUGUAGUCUGCCCCCCACCCCCCCGCCAGCAUGCACAUAACACUACUUGACAACACCACAACACCUCACAGUACACACCACAUGACUUACAAACACUACAACACACCACCACACUACUUACCAACACUAUUGCACAUCACACUGCAACACAAUAAACGUGACUACCACACCAUACCACUCCUCUCCACAGCACACCAUACGACACCAAAGUCAACCAAACCAUACCCAGGAACACACCAAGUUAAACCACACCACAUAACACCAUAUCUUGCCACACCAAAUUAAACCACCCUACAUGACACCAUACCACCAUACCACACCUCCAAGUUAGACCACGCCGCACCAUCCCACACUUAACUAAACCACACCUCCACAUCACACCACACACAUACAAUAUACGACAUCACACCAGACCACACCACACAACCACCCAAACCUUAUACCAAACUACAUGAAACUACACCACAUCACACACACACACACACACACACACACACACACACACGACACACUCCUUAAGGAAGCCCCCAAGUAGUGUUGUAGCCGUAGUCAUUAAUCUUGAUGGAAAUAAAAAAAAGUACUAGUUGCAUCUUCACUGGUUAGGACGUAAGUCUUCUGAAAAGAGAAAACACACAAAAAAAGGCUCUUUCAGAUAAGUGUACGCCUAUGAAAUAAGGUCUUAGUAGGAUAUUGACACACACACACACACACAUGUACACACACACACAUACAUACACACAUCUAUAUGGUAGCACAUUAGUAAUACAGGACUGAACGUUGUCUCAGUUGUAUACCAAAGCACACUCAUCGCCACACUGACACACCGACACACUGCACCGCUUAACACAAACACUAGUGAGUAAGAGUGAGUCAACGCAACAGUGGUAACCAAAUCUCAUCGUUGCGAGUGACGGUGCGUUCACUCUGCAUUCAUUCACUCGCUCACCCCGUCCUCGGCCCGUCUAGAGGGUCCGAGGGCUGGUCUUCGUGUAUUAGCCCUAAACUUAACAUGGAACACUUCACAUUAUAUAUUCAGAGGCUGCACAGGUUACCAGAGUCGCCCGUUCUGAUGCGUCAUUCUCUGUUUCGGCUUGAGGUUAUGCCGAGACAAAACGGACUUGGGAAAUACGUGUGGCAUCAUCUUCCUGUCAGUUCCUCUUAUUGUGGGAUGUGAAAAAGAUAAUGUGGGGGAGGAAACACACUGAUAGGCCUGUCAAAGUGAUAUUAUACGAGCUCAUAAAUUGUACAAACCAUGACUCGGAUGUGAAGGGAAGGCUCCUCCUCGUGAGUCUUGGUCUGGUAGUCUGGGCAGCCUCGGUAGAUUUGUAUUCUGCAGAGUGAGUUGCAAAGCUUGAGAACCAAGGCUUUAUUGCGGGUCUCUUAUUAACUUUACGGCAUUGGGUCUCAUAGCAACUUUUGUGAUUUUUGGAGUAGUACGAGUAUGCCCAAAAUUUUGACACAAGUGAUUCUGACCGACCACACAUUUUUGACACUAGGUCCACACGAGUCUUGGAGUAAAUGGACGGUACGAGACAUUGAUUUCACCCGAGGGGCCGACGUUCCUUCAGGGUGCCAAGAGAUCUAACCUUAGUGUAGCUGUCAUGAUCAAGAGUUUCGUAGACAGGUGUGCUCUCAGCGUAUUCACCGCAGCAUCUUCACAGCAGGAUAUGCAUUGUCUUGUCCACUAGCAAAUAUGUAGUGUUGAGGUGUCCCCCCACCAGUCCUCCACUCGCCACCACCACCACCACCACCACCACCACCUCGUUGUCUGAGGAAGGCAGGAAGGAAGGAAGAAGGAAGGAAUCAGCCACCAGAGCCUCUUGGUACAUGUGGUUAGUUGUGUCUACUAUUUAUUCUUUGCCGUGACAGAGAAUCUUGUGUGCUCAAAAAUACAAAGACUUUUUAAAACUUUACAGCUUAUCCCAUACAAGUUCAAAUGUACUUAGUUGUUGCCGAUUGUCGUGUCGCCUUAAAUUCUCCGAGUGAUUCAAUUGACAAUUUAGAUUCCAGCUGUGACAAUUUUAAUUUUUUAUCGAUGGAAAGAGUCGUAGGACUGACGCUUAUGUAGACUUUGUCUUAUGGUAUACAUUUAUAAAUAUAUAUAAAUAUACUAUACAUUUAGGGAAACUUUUGUGAUAUUCAGAAAUUAACCGCCUUGAAGCAAGCUUUUGUUGUAGUGUUGUAUCCUGAAUAGGGUGAUGCCUGCUCUUGUUUUACUGUGUGGUGGCCUGGUGUCUUUUGUGUGAUAAAGACACAAGCGACAGAUGGAAAUUUACUGUGUUUGUGGCCCUGGGAGGCGGCCGUCUGCCCGGAGCCCGCCGCUGGUUCUCAUGACGGGAACACGACGUCAUUGGCUGUCUGUCUUGCCUGGAUUCAUAGGUUCUUUGCCUUCGUGGGUGGGGGGGAUUGGGCUUGAAUCGUGCGUAGUUUACAAAUUGAUCCUAAAACUAAAUCUCGAGAUGAAGCUGAAAAUUUUUUGCAGACCGGAGAGCCUCGUAAAGUCAAGGUGUGAUGUGAAGUGAGUGCAUGACUUCCCUGUAAGCUUGGUCUCGCGUCGCUUGCCUGGUUGUCCCCUGAAUCUGUUUGCCUUCAGUUCGCUGCUUGAGGUUGUACUUUGUAGUGUGGAGGAGAGAGGGCAGCUUGAACUGGCAAAUGAAAAUGUAAAAAAAAAACAAAAAAAAAAGAUUAAAAAAUGUGUUCACCUCUGAGAAAGUACGCUAGGAUUAUUAUGUACGUGUGUAGAUGUUCUUGCUCACCUGCAUGAAAAUUACGAGUUGAGUUGGGCUUUCUUUGUUACGAUAAAAAAAAAAUCUAAGUCUUAUAAACCAUAAAUACUCUAGUUUUGUAGAAGGUGACCGAGAAAACACUGUCGUGCUCUAGGCUGCUUGUUUGUGACUGGUGUUCAUGGUUCCUCGAGUUAAGGUAAUUGACCCACAUACUGAUUACAAGUGAAGCUAAAAUAAAAAAAUUCUUCCGAGGCAUUUUUUCUCGCGUGUAAGGAGCGUCUUCUUACGUCGCUAGUUUGUAGUCUUAUGCUUUACCGUCUGUUCCUCCGUCAGUACAGGAUGUCGUUAUUCGGAUGACUCGCAGUACACAAAUAUCUUACAUUCUAAAGAUCCCCAGCCACUGCCAUGGAAUUUUUUUGUAUGUGCAUGUGUGUGUGCAUGCGCGUGUGAGUGUGUGUGUGUGUGUGUGCUAUGGACCUGGAUACAUGCAAACGUACAUUGUUUCCAAGCGUGUUGAGUGUUUUGGUCAGUCUUAUGGUUCCUGUCGGUGUUGGCCUCGUGUAUUUAUUUUUUGUAAUCAUUCCAUAUCUAGUUGUUAUGUUAGUGCAAGACAAAACAGUUACCCCGGCUGGAGACACUCCCGGCCGCCGCAGUUGUUAGGUCGUCCCAGCAGAAGUGCCCUUGAAAAAUUUUUGGUGUGACCGUUCAUGUGUUUGUGAUGUGUAGAGUACAUACAGAGGGAAACUACGUGUUAUCCACAGGUGCUGUCAGGACGCCGCGCCCGUCUUCCACUGCUGUAAAACAUCUCCACGCAUCCAAAAGCCAAUCCAGAAAGUGUAAAGAAUGCGUGUUAUUAUUUUCCACUCCAUAAUUUAUUUAUUUCUGUAUACAGUAUGUGAUUGUGACAGCAAAGUUCAUAACUGACUUUUUUUUCACAUCCUCUUCAUCCUGCAGUAUACUUCUUGCAUAUUCUCCUUCAGUCUUUGUAAUGUACAUUGACUUUAUUCUGACAACUUACGUCACCAUCACAAACCCAGCCUCCCACGAGGAGAGCAUCAACAAUGCCUUAAAUGACAUCUUUUUAUUUUUGCCUUAGCUAUGUGAAAAGAGGAAGCUGUGCCCCCUCAGUUGUUUCUCAUGAGAUGCCGUGGAACACAAAGGUGCAUUCCUCAUGUUUAUGUCCUUGGGAUUCUUGAGUUCCUUCAUAUACCUUCUGAUUUUCAUAUUUAUUAAUUAUUCACCUAACUGCUUCAUUUUCUUCUCACCCAAAUUGACCACAAAGUUUUCUGCAGCCACUCAAUGACUCUGGGGUCAACAGACACAAAUUUUAUAUAUAUAUUCUUGAAAUUAAUUAUUAAGGGGCUUAUUUGCUCUCCCCAAAUACCUCAUCUCAACUUUCAGUUCUCCCGUGCUGUGCUUCAUUCCAUACAUACGCCCCUGAGGCAUUCAUUGGGUAAAGGUGGGCCUACUGCAUAGCAAAUUCUAACAGCACUGAGUCUGAUUCUGUGGCCUUUAAGCAUUACCCUGAAAUGCAGGACAAACUAGGACAUGUAGGUCACCAGUAUACUUUCCAGGUUACUGUGGGUGUCCAGCCCUAACAAAGAUGUGUGGCUGGCUGCUUUGUGUGCUAUCUGCUCACCCUGUACUCCUCCUGACCUCUGUAGAUUGGUAGUGAGACAACUCAGUAAAGGCGCACACUAUGAGGGUAAAGAUAUUCCCUUCCCCAUACUUAUUUCACCAUUACAAUUCUACUUAAGGUUCCUAUGGCUUGCCUCCCCUGCAGCAGUGUCCUUUUUGCUAUACACUCAGGAAAAUGGUUUACAGUAUUGGAAGACUGAACAGCAUCCUGAACACCUAUUUGUAUUCUUUUUAUAGCAUUCGUAGCGUCGGAUAAUCCACAUCAAAAGUCGCAACGGUGUUUCAGCAGAGCGUGUCGAGCCGCCGCGAGCCGCCCCUCAUGCCGAGCUCCCAGCGAGGGCACCGUCUGUCUGAACCCCAAAUAAUGAAUGUUAAAUCCGUGUAUGUAAUAGGUUGCAGCUGAACCUUGCAAGACUGUAUUCACUCACAUGGGACCAACAAACCCGACUGCUAAAACCUUCCCGCGUCGCCGAGUGCAACGCGCCGCCAGCUGCUCUGCCCUCACAAUUAGGUGUAACUUCUCAGGUGUCAGCCACACUCGUAUUUGUUGUGGAAUUUUGAAGUGAAAAAAAAUAUGGGGUGUAAAAGUGCUUUGAAGGUGUAUUUUAUUGUAAAUGCUUUAGGUCAACACGUACCACAAUUUCUAGUGAGCUGAUAAGUAUGUGCUAUUCCAUUUGAGCAGUUCUUUAUCAUUCAUUGUAUGGUCAGGUAGUGACAAAAUUAUGUUGUAUAAAUGUAGCCUGCACGGGGUUGUCGUCGAGGCAGCCGUACACUUAGCUGAUACAUAUGUUUGGCCAAUGAAGUACAAGAUGUGUUCACCAUCAUUUGCAGCUUUUAUCAAAGGCUGAGAGCAUUGAAGUCAUAUUACAUAUUGUAACUGAAUCAUAAUCUCAUAAUUGUCUUUCAUGAAAAUGUACCACCAGCUUUAAUAAAUGUUUCGGCCACGUACGGGAGGCUUGAGGUGUGAAGAGGAGUCUUAGGAGGAGGAGGAGGAGGAGGAGGCCUGCUGAUGUUGUUGUGAGGACAGUCUGCAGCCUAGUGAGUGACUGAGUGAGUGUGUGUGGGUGAGUGCGUGAGUAAACGAGUGAUUGUGUUCCGCCUUCAACAGUGUCCCACCCACACUCCCAUUAUGGUGUUCCAGUGUUGUGAGGUUCUACUGUGUGUCCAAUGUGAUAAUGCUUACACUUACUACUCCUCUGUGUGCCAUGUUACACCAACAGUGAUGACACAUAACUUAGGUGAUUUUUUUUAUUUUUAUUUAACGUUUGUAAAUAUGGAAGUGGUGUACAAGAGCUUGAACAUUGAUUGAUAUGCAAUGAUCAUUAUGUACCGUUCUGUUCUUCAUGUAGCACUGAUCUGCGUCACUUGCCAAAGUUUAUGAGGGAAUGAAAGCGUACAAAUGAAUUAUUAUUUUUCUCUUAUGCCGAUCUACUACAGUGUCUUGAGGUGAAGCGAGGGGCCGCGCCAUGCCGGAGUCUGUUUAGUUGCAUUCUCUCGGAGUCGUGGUCUCGGCUGGUGGUUGAUGAGAGGUAAUUUUGGACUUGCUUCAGGGAACUUUCUAAUAUUCUUGUUUAAUUACUCUAAUCAGUCCCUGUAGUCUCUCAGGAAAUUGUUUAGUCUGUCGGAUAUAAUUUGGGUGUUGAGUUAGGGUAUCUGGGAUCCCUGGCAAGAGAGUGCAUAACCGUUCCUCAUGGUGAGAAGUAUUGCAUCCUUCCUUUUCAAAUUACAAUGCAUUUGCACUUCCCUUGCUACGUAUUUAUAUUGUCACUCAUUGUCCUGAGAUUAGUUGCAUUUUAAAGGUUUCAGUAGUGAGAAAACAAAAAGAGAAAAUGUUGCCAGCAUUUUGUUUAGUUCAUGAAAGGCUUUUGUUCUUAGUGACAAUUAGUGUGGCUGUAUGUGAUUUUUUGGCUUUCACCAAGAAGCUAAAAUUGUUUGAGAAUGUCAAGACUGUAGUCUGGUGAGUUAUAAAUGUUUUAUAAUGGCGGGAUAUUUGCCUGUGUUCGCCCAAACUGAACUAAAUUGUGUAUAUAUAAGAUGAAUCUUAAUACUUUAUUAGUGUACAGAAUUGGAGAAUAUUCCAAAUAUAA